GCUCUCCAAACCCUAAUCCUCUCCUUUUCAUUCUUCGAUUGCCGAUCUCGAUCCAGUUCUAGAGAGCAGAGAUGACGAACUCGGUGACCCCUGGAGCUAUCUCGAUGCUCCUCGCCAAUCCGUCGCCGGAUUCUUCAUCGGAGAUCCCGGAGAUCGUUGUCCAGGUCGUUGAUCUCAAGCCCAUCGGCAGCAGCACCACUCGUUUCACGUUCAUGGCUAGUGAUGGAAAGAUGAAGAUCAAAGCGAUGCUUCCAACCCACUUUGCUUCAGAGAUCCACUCUGGAAACCUUCAGAAUCUUGGGCUCAUUCGCAUUCUUGAUUAUACUUGCAAUUCCAUCCCAAAUCAACCUGACAAGGCUUUGAUAGUGACAAAAUGUGAGGUUGUAUGUCCUGCACUUGAAACGGAGAUUAAAAGUGAGGUUAAGGAGGAGACUGGGAUUGUAUUGAAGCCCAAGCAGGAAAUGGUGGCUAAAUCUGCAGCACAGAUUGUGCGUGAGCAACGUGGGAAUGCUGCACCUGCUGCAAGGAUGGCAAUGACUAGGAGAGUUCACCCACUUGUUUCUCUGAAUCCAUAUCAAGGCAACUGGACAAUUAAGGUUCGAGUCACAAAUAAAGGAAAUUUGCGGACCUACAAAAAUGCCAAAGGAGAAGGUCAUGUCUUCAAUGUUGAGCUGACUGAUGAAGAUGGUACCCAGAUACAAGCCACCAUGUUCAAUGAGGCAGCAAAUAAGUUCUACCCCACAUUUGAGUUGGGGAAAGUUUAUUAUAUCUCUAAAGGAAGUCUGAAGGUUGCAAACAAGCAAUUUAGAACUGUUGCAAAUGAUUAUGAGAUGACCUUAAAUGAAAACUCUAUAGUUGAAGAAGCAGAUGGAGAAGGCGCCUUCAUACCUGAAACAAAGUUCAACUUUGUCAAGAUUGACCAGUUGGGCACCUAUGUGAAUGGAAGGGAACUUGUUGAUAUCAUUGGUGUUGUUCAAAAUGUUUCAUCCACUCUAAGUAUCAGAAGGAAGAGCAACAAUGAUACUAUUCCAAAGCGUGAUAUCACAAUUGCAGAUGAUUCGAACAAAACUGUUGUUGUUUCUCUAUGGAAUGAACUCGCUACAGACAUUGGGCAGCAGCUGUUGGAUACGGUUGACAGUGCCCCCGUUGUAGCUAUAAAAUCUCUUAAAGUUGGUGAUUUCCAAGGUGUCUCUCUCUCGUCGGUUAGCAAAAGCAAAGUGUUGAUUAAUCCAGACUUGCCUGAAGCAAAGAAACUGAGAGCUUGGUUUGAUUCUGAAGGCAAAGGCACUUCAAUGGCUUCUGUUGGUUCUGGCUUUUCUGCAUUAUCAAAGAAUGGAGCCAAAUCAAUGUAUUCUGAUAGGGUGUUGCUUUCUCACAUUACAAAUGAUCAAACUUUGGGCCAGGAUAAGCCUGUUUUCUUCAGCAUCAAAGGCUACAUAAGUUUCAUCAAAUCAGAUCAGACAAUGUCUUACCGUGCAUGCAAAACAUGCAACAAGAAAGUAACUGAAGCGAUUGGAUCUGGAUAUUGGUGUGAAGCAUGCCAGAAGAAUGACGAUGAAUGCUCUUUGAGAUACAUAAUGGUUGUGAAGGUAUCAGAUCACUCAGGUGAAGCCUGGUUAUCUGUUUUCAAUGAGCAAGCUGAAAAAAUUAUUGGAUGCACUGCUGAUGAGCUUAACAGAAUAAAAUCAGAGGAAGGGGAUGACAAAUAUCAGCUCAAGUUGAAAGAGGCAACGUGGGUUCCUCAUCUUUUCAGAGUUAGUGUUGCACAAACAGAAUACAUGAAUGAAAAAAGGCAGAGGAUAACUGUAAGGGCCCAUGCACCAUUAGACUGCUCUGCUGAAUCAAGGUACCUUCUUGAGGAGAUUGCAAAGAUGUCUCUUUCAUAGACUCAAUUUAAAAAAAAAAAGGCAUCACAAUGCUUUCUUUCUUUUUGUUGAUGAAUUAAAUCCUUUUUCUGUCUCCUUUUAAUGCAUGUUUCAGUCCUGAAAAAUGCUUCACUAAUCUUUUACUUAAUCCCCAUGUACAUCUAUCUAAGCAGGAUUUUUAAUUGUGAAGUGACCACCAUGUUCUUAAAUCUUAAUCUUUUGAAAACUUUGAUUUAGAUUUAUUGUGUUGUCUUGGAAAAUUGUCUACUGUUGUCAUCAUCAAACUCUGAAAUUUCAAGGUUGAACUAAAGAGAUGUGGAAGUGGCCUCAAGGUUCACAC